AUGACAGCUGUUUUCGCGAAACAAGAACGCUGGGAUCGUGUUUUAUUUUAUGCAAAGAAAGCAAAUGAGAUUGACCCUAAAAAUACAAAAUCAAAAUUUAGAAUGGGUCAAGCUUAUUUAAGAAUGGAAAAUAUUGAAUCAGCAAAGAGUCUCCUUGAAGAAGUGUUGAAACAAAAUCCCGAUGAUGGUCUCGUUAAACAAGAAUUGAAUAAAGUUCAAAUUGCCAAGAAGCAAAUGGAUGAUAAAGAAAAGAUGAUUUAUAGAGCUAUGAUGAGUAGGCUUGCACAACAAGAAAAGAAAUAA